GCUUUCUCUCUCUCCCUUCCUCUUCCGCACUCUAUUUCUCACUCGCGCAAUUUCUACAUGUCUCUGUCGCUACGGCAACCAAUGCUUUUCCCCACUUCCAGGCGCUCUGCCUCUCUCCCACUCCCUUCUUCAGUGGCAUGAGAGAUGAUCGGAGCGGCAAGGAGUCAGUGAACAGGCUGAAGCGAUGGAGCGAUGAUGACAGGAAGUGGGAGGAGUUGGGUGAAAUGCAGAUGCCAGUCACGGCGCAGGCCAGCACCACUCAGCUGUGGGCAGUGGACUGGGGUCCCACGCAGCCCCUGGAGGACGAAACCCAUCACUUGCUGUCCAGUCUGGAGACGGAGGGUUUGAGGGUGACUACGCCCGAGGACUGGUCGCACCGUCGAAGCGCGGCUGCCAAUCAAACACAACGCCCGACUAUGGGAGAGAGGGACAAGAUAGAGACAGAAGAGCAGGACACUGAGGAAGUGGACCCACAGUUUUAUGUGACAGUGACGAUCUCAUCUCUGCUGAUUCUCUCUGCGGUCAUCAUCUCGGCUAAACUCUGUUACGACCGCAGUCUCUCCCAGCGCCCUCCGCCUCUCUCCCUCGCCAUCCCUCGCUCCAUAGCUCAGGAGGACAGCAGGCAGACUCUGCACAGCACUCCAUCCUUCCCCGACAGAGAGAGGAUACCAGUGGUCAAUCUUUGAAGAGCUGACUGUUCCGAGCACGAUAAUCAAAUCCCGCGGGCGCGACACAGACUUUGGUGUGGCCGUUGGUGAGAACACGUGGGCAGGCCAUGCGAAUGUACAUAACAUGUAGAUAGACACAUGGAUGAAUGCAUCUGUUUGGACACUCUGAUGGAGACCGUGAGGUUUUGUGGUCCAGUGGCUCCUCGUUUCUGGCUGUACCUCUUUCUUCCAGUGCCGUUUGUACAGUAUUAUUCUCAUUAGCUCAACGCAGCCAUUCACAAGGGCUCCGGGAAUGCUAUGUCCUCUACCAUAAAAACAAUCAUUAGCUUCUGAUCCUGGAAUAAGCUGUGAUGUAUGUAGUCAUUAAUUUAGUAACCGGCGUGACAUGCUUGCAGUAGCCUCUCUCACACGCAUACAAAGGUUACAGCCGCCUACCGCUGCCUUUAUCGCACUUGGUGUAGCAUUUAUUUGAGCUUAAUGAAUGACUGCAGUUAUUUUGAAGAGUUAAAUAUAAUUCCCAUCAUUUGUUUAUAGUGUUUUGUUUCAUAUGGCUCCAUGGCAACAGCGGACUGCAAUGACGUCAGCUGAUAUCUGGAAACACCUCUGCAGUGUUACCUUAUAAUUUACACUAAUUAUCAGAUGGACGUUUCGUAAAUCUGACUCAACAUCUGUUGAGGUGUUCGUGAAACCUACGUAAUUCUAUUCCGAGCGUGGUGUUAUGCUUCUUAUUAGCUUUAUACUUCUAAAUCAUGGCCAUAUAGCUCUUCUCGGGAGCCUUUUUUUGGUUAGCGGAGAGCUAGCACUCACCACAUGUGACUGGCGUGUGUGCGUGCGUGUUGUUUUCAUGUUAAGUUUAUGAAAAGCACAAUUAAGGACAUGUAUGAAGACGUGGUUAAAAAUAAGCUAGGCGCUUCCAUAGCAUUUAGUUUGAAAAAAAAAGAAGCAAUUAAAAAACACUGCACACAAGUUUGUUUGAUGUAUCGCUACGCUAACAACUCGUGGCUAGCGAGGCAGCUUGGGGUUUCUUGUUUAUGAAACGCAACUAUCAGGAGGGUUUGGGGGUUUUAGACAAAUCUGUCCUGAAGUCAGUGUUGCUACCAGUUUUACUUCUGUAUUUUCACUAAUUUGAUAAUGGAAGUGGUUAUUCAAUAGGAAAAAUUUAAGGAAGGACGUUUUAAAGGACGAGGACUAAAUGCAAAUGUGCAAAAUCAGUGUGUGGAUAGCUAAUUGGCUAAUCAGUGGUGAACGUUAUCCAAUAAAUAUCGCAACAGUGCACGCCCACUUUAUAAGUGGGCUUCGUUUUAAAGUAUUUUUCCCAUUCUUUUUUCCCAAUGAGAUUUCCCAACAUUACAAACUUUUAUUUGAAGCAAAAAAAAGUAUUUGAAAACCAGACGAAAACGCAAGACUAUACUUUUAUUAUGCAAUGCGAAUGAAACAAUUAUAAAUAACGCAUAUACAAAACCAUUGAUUUAAAGAUGUUGAUUAUAUACAGAAGUGAUAUUGUAUCGCAAAAUAUGCAUAUUACACAGAUAUUUAAGUCAUUUGAGAGUUUAGGGAGAGUGACUCUAAUUCAUUUUUGGCAGUGCUUCAUGGUAAUGUGCAGGUGGUGAAGUGUUCUUCUGGCACUAUUUGCUCAUCACGAUUCUCUGAUUAUUGGAUAUUUCUCUGUAAGAAUCAUGAGUAAUUUCGAUUUCACCAAAAAACAAGUCUCAAUAAUGCAAGGUUGAGUGCUUCAGCAGAAAUCUAUAACAACCUCGUAGCUCACAGUAGGUCUGUCCUUGAUAGUAUAUAAAGUUAGCAUUAAAAACCUGUUCCCUUAUGGAGAAAUUGAAUGGGAUUUUGACCGACACUGCUUUCUACAGCCUGUGUGGUGUUGUUUCAGAGGAAGAGCAAGUUCGUAUAUUUGAUUUACAUUUCAUUUUAAAGCCCUUUGUUUUGUUUUUUUUGUAAAAACAAUUAUUCACCAUAUGUACAUUUAUUGAGAUGGUCGGUUUAACAUAUUGAUACAUUGUCAUUUUAAACUUGAAGCUGAUUUUUUCCACGAAAAUCAUAAUCAUUCCCUCUUAAAUAAUUAUGUAACUCAUGAAAAAAAAACAACAACAUAUAUAUAUAUAUAUAUAUAUAUAUAAAGUGAGCGGAAAAUGAAACUAAUGUGUUCAUGGGCACAUCAGAUCGAAUUCUCUUGUAAUUUUUCACAUCAUGCACAAGAAGCUACACCAUGUGAGAUAUGUUUAGAGGUUUCACAUCAUUUAUGUAGCACUGCCUUAAAUAUGUGAUUUAAUGUACUAUGAAGUCAAUAAAAAGCCAUCUCUGGCGUUUUAAAGCGCG